CAUAUGUUGUGUCUACGUUACUGCCGGUAACUAAUUAAUUUUAAACACCCGAGUCAGUUAGCAGGCUGACAUAAGAGAAACCAGUCUACGUGACAAAGAAAAGAAAAGAUAGAGAAAGAGACAAUUCGUUUUUUUUUUUUGUUUUGUUUUUUUUUUUGUUUUGUACGUGAGCGUUUAGACGUCUCCAUCAUUUGAUUUGUGUAGACUGUAUUCUGUGGAGGUCCUCUCAGCUUUUGUACUGUGAGCCAGAGACGAUCAUGAUCCUCCUGACUCCCUCCUCUGGUUUCUUCCAGUGUACCAACAAGCUCUUCCUGAGUGAUCAGGCCACAGGGCUCCACAUCAAGGAGUUUGCACGUAAAAAUGCAGCGAAUGCACUGUCGGUUUCCAACAUGGUCAUGGGCAUGGCCUCCAUUCUCAGCAGUCUUAAUGGGCACCAUCAUGCUGCAUGUUGGCUGGUUCUGAUUGGCUACCUGCUGGAUUUGGCAGAUGGAGCAGUUGCCAGGCGACUCGAUGCCUGCUCUGCACUGGGUGCAAAGCUAGAUGAUUUUGCUGACUUCACAACCUUCGGCAUCGCCACGUCGCUGCUCCUGAGGACAGCUGACCUGCUGGACAACUUCCUGUGCAUGUGUUACGUCCUAUCUGUGUUCGUCCGCCUCUGUUUCUUCUCAAGCGGGAUCCCAUUCAUGUACCGGGGCCUGCCCUGCAUCUACUCCUCAGCCAUCCUGGCCAGUGCCUCUCUGCUGUCAGGGGGAAACAUGGCCGUGCUGCGUGUCAUCGCAGUGGCUAUGAUCCUUUUCAUGAUCAGUCACAACUUCUACCCCCAUGACAGAGUGCUGGAGUCCCAGGCAUGGAAGAAAGUAGUUUACGCUGGAGGAGUUGUCAUGGUGUUCUGCUCUUCCUUCCCCCCUGCCUGUUUACCUCCGGCCCAUCUGGGUGAAGUGAGGCUUCCAGACUUGCUGCUGCUCCCCACUGCCAUGGAGGAUUCAAGCUGAACAUACCCAUACGCCACAGGCGAACACUUUCUCUGUCUAACCUUUAUUUUGAUGUGACACCUCUAAAACAGAACCCAGACUAAAGGGAGUUAUAAUGAGGGAUGGGAAGGACAUUUUAAUGUUACUGGUAAAGAUUAACCUUCAUGCUGUCUUAAUGCCUUUGUUGCAUUUUCACUGAAGCCAAGGGUUGGGUGGCUUGUUCCAAAAACUGAAUGAAUCUACUAUAUGAUUUCUCAGCAGCAUUUCCAAGAUGCCCUUUCUGGUUUAUCUAAACACAGUAAUUAGCAUUCAUGCACUAUGAUGAGUUUAACUGACAUCUGUUAAUGUUUGUAUCAGGGUUGGGGCCAAUUAACUUUCAUGGUAUUCAGGUCUGGAUAUGUCCUUAAAAUCCACGUUUUCCAUUACAAAUCCAGCCAGAGGAAUCUUUUGAACAUAAUGGUUCUGUCAUUCUUAUUAUUUAAUUUGCUGUUUGAAUGUAUGUUUUAAAAAGGUUGAACUGAAAGCAAACUGACCCCAACCCGAGGGUAAAUUGGGUAAUUGUGUUCUGUUUUAAGACUUUUAGCUUUUUUCCAAGCUGUGACUCAGUCCAAGAAAAGAUGUGUUAGACCUUUGUAUUUCUUCUAUGUGUGAUUUUAUUGGGUCAUUGCAUGUGUUUGCCUCUGUUUUAAGAGGCAUUGCAGCUUAAAUAUCAAAUCCACACUGGAUCACCAACACCUCUCAUAGUGAUUCUCUGACUGCAGCCGAAUCAGUGAUGACACUGCAGGGUUUUUUUUCCCCCAUUGCUUGUCAGAACACCUGCAGUGACUUUAUCGAUUGAGGUCAGAAAUGCAACAUGAGUAGAAGUUGCAAUCCAUAAAUAGCACUGCAGCAGCAGCUCUCUGCCUCAGGUGAUUCAGUGUGAAUUUACACUUAAAGAGCAACAACAACACAGGCUGCAAAUCCUCCUUUUCCUGCCAUCUAGUGGGUAAAGAUUUCAACUCGCUGUUGUUAUACCACUACAGUCGGUGUUGGCUGUGAUCUAGAGCAGCAGCACUGAAACUUUAAAUCCACAGGGGUCAGGGAAGGAAAGAAUAAGUGUGUUGUUACUCUUUAGCUUGGCCAGUAUUCAGUCUGAGGAACAUCAUAUUUUUGUAGACCAGUCCUUUAUAGCAAGGACAACUUUUUGGCAUCUCUCAUCAUGUCUCACAAUGGGUAUAUGUGCCUCGCUGAAUUGUGUGUGGCAAAUGGGGAGAUUGUAUAGUUUUAUACGAAUUUGUUCAGAAGCCUGAUGAAGAUGACAUUAAUCUUAAAGUUUGUAAUCAGAGGUGUCAGAAUAAAAGGUAUGACAUCACUCACAUUGUUCACACUCACCUCAUUUUAAUGAUUUGAACCUUGUAUAAACCAUAACUCAUAGUGUUAACACUUUAUGAGUUAUCUCCAUAACAGAGUUUUCUGAGGGAAAACUGAGAAGACGGAGCAGGAUUUCAUAAAUCAAGUCCUCUGUUAUAAAAAUACUAAUACAAAAGAUCACGUCCUCUGAUUCAGAUAUUGAUUUAAACCUACUUUGGUUUAUGGUAACCGACAUUGUGAAGAAAAAAAAACAGUGUAAAGUGCAUACACAGAUUGAACACAAAUACAAAUCUACUCUUGGACAUUCAGUAGUGCAUUCAGCUUUCCUGUGUGGGUGUUUUGGUUUUCAAAUUGUAAAGUCACAGUAAUGUAUGCAUGCCCAGAGCAUUAUAGAUACAAAAACUGUACUCUGCCCAAUGAUAAUAAAAAAAAAGAAUAUAAGAUCUGUGCAUCAGUCUGUACAU